CUCCUGUUGUUUUCUAAACCUUUUCUUUCUUUCCUUUUUGCUUCCAUUAAAUCGGAUCUGGUCAUCGCUGCCGCUGUAACAAGACUUCAUUUGCCAUCUCCCCGCGUGCAGGGUUCUCGACGCCGACGAGAGCAUCGUGCCGCUCACAUCCCAGAAUACAUCACCAGAUAUCAGUCUUCUUCGCCGGGCCUUUGACCCCUCAACAUGACUUCGCCCGUGGUCCCUCGCAAGCGGCGUCGAGCCUCCUCUGCAGAUUCUGGCGCCAACCAGUUCGCAUCUGAACAGCUCGCGGCCCUCCCAAAACCCGUCAAAAUGAGCCCAGAAAGCCACAUUGCGACCGAAGACCUCAGAUUCAUACUCUCUUAUCUACCCCUCUCGGUGGUCAUCGACAUCUUGACAUCUGCAGCCUCGAAUGAUCAAUCUCAAGCUUGGAAGAUCGCUGAGCGUUUCAACGAGUUCAUUAUCCCACGGAAGCUCGAGUGUAUGAGAAACAACGACGUUGAGGGUCUCAACUCACUCCCGGGUCCCUUCGCCAGAUCUGCUUCACUUAGACAUCUGUCCACGACCACUGUGUCCUUGAUGCUCUCUCAUUUACCCCCCUUCGCAGUCCUUGACAUGCUUGCCUCUGCCGUUCCUUCCGAUCAAAGUCUGGGUUGGACAAUUGCUAGGCGGUUCAACAAUCAUGUUAUCAGGCGCAAGUGGGAACUUACAAAGCUGGUUGAGGAUAAGGCGGCCCGCGGCAUGUCCGAGGUUCCAGCCAGGAAGACUGUGAGCAUUUACAGAGGGAGAGACCUUUACAUCAUCGACGUCCAGGAUGUCGUUGACCGUCUGAAUUCACCCACUUGGAACGGAAACGACUCUACCCGCGAGUUUAGCGAUGAAGAGAUGGAGUGGAUCAACAAGUACGUGCUGCCGCUGGGAGUUUGUCAAAGUAACCGCGAGUGAACCAUCUUGCGAAAGAAAGCAACGACACCAGAGAACAGGAGGACUUGUUACGUGGGAGGAAGGAAGCAGCUCCAGGACAUGGAAACAGUAUACGAAUUUUGAGUGUAAAGGACUGAACAAGAACUCAGGUUCUUUUUGUGAGGGUUCCAAGCAGACACAUAUCCUCUUCCACAUCUCUCAAGUCGCAUUGAGUUUUCAAAUUUCAUUCGCCAUCUCCCUCGCGCCACUCAUUCCAUG